ACAGCCCUCUUCAACUUUACGAGCCUCCUGCUCGUCAUCCUCCUCCUAAUUUGCACCUGCGCCUACGUGCACCAACUCUUCCCCGCCAUCCUCGACCGGAACAAGACAGGUAUCACGGGCAUUUUCUGGAAGUGCGCGCGCAUAGGCGAGCGGCUGAGCCCCUACAUGAGUCUGUGUUGCGGCGUCAUGGCGGUGAGUGAGAGGUCACCUAGUUGA